CACGGUAGGCUGACAUGUAGUCAGUUUUCCUUUGUAGCCCACCCUGAACACAGGACUGCGCGUAUUGGUAAGACCUUCCGUCAUAUCAUGUGGCUACCUUGGAUCCAUCUCAUGGUCCUGGGUCUCAACCUGGCCCCUGUCACCAUUGGCACCGUCACCACCACGGACCUGGAGGAUGUUGAUGGAGAAGACCCCAACGCUGAGCAUCCUGCGAGGCCGGAUCAGAUCACGGCGACUCCUGCUGCUGUCCCGCAUCAUGACCGCCUCUCAGGAUCCAUAAUGCUGACUGGGAUUACCCAUGGUGCCCAUGGUCAAGAAGCCAACAUAGGAGGAGGAGGAGAAGGGAACCAGGUGGAUGCUGGACGCAGCCAGAGCAAAGAUGAUGCACCGAGGCGAGAGGGCUCCUCCAUCAAAUACAGUGAUGAGGCAAAGGCGGCAUCAUGUCUCACCGUGCAUGAACUGGGGGAAGCCCUGUCUGCGCUCCACACUGGCCAGAGCAGAGAGCCUGCGUUUGGACAAGACACCCUGGCUAAGUUUGGGAUUUGCAGUGGGAAUCAUGGGGUGACUGAUGGUAGUGAUAGUGCUGGGCUCUUGGCUCUGUCCACCGUGGUUGCAGCCAGAGACGGAGAUGAUGUGGGCCCUUGUGGAUUACAUUUGAAUAGAGAGCGCUGGGUUCCUGGAGAGGAAGCAGGAAGUGUUUCUUUGACCUUUGAAGUUCCUGUGGCCUUUGAAGGGAGCGAACACCUCAGCUCUGCGGUUCCCACGGCGCUGCUGCUGUUCUUUGUGGCCUACAAAGGAAGGGAGAUGCUUGAAGUCACAUUCAACAGUGAGACACUCCUCCCCAACAUACAGACAGCAUGUCUUUCAGAGGGGUCUCGGUUCAUCAUUCUGACUACCAGGGUAUCUGAACUGGAGAGACCAAGACUACAGGCUGCUGUACAAAUUGCUGUUAAACCAAAGCAUCCAAGCAAAGGACCAAGAUUGUCUUUGCUGGAAGUGCAAGAUGCACUGAUACGGGGUGGUGGAAAGGAGGCCGACAGCCAGAGAAGGCCGCUGCUGGUUUUUGUCCCAAAAAGGCCACCAUAUAAGGAUAAGCCAGGAAGUAACUCUCUUAACCCUACUGAUCACAGAACCUAUGAGUUCCUGUGUGAGCUUCAGAAGUUCCUGAGUGAUGUUCUACCUGGUUGGGAGGGAGACACCACCACUCCUCCUCCUCCUCCUCCCUCCUCCCUGAGCUCCUCUCCUCCUCCUCCUCCUCCUCCUCCUUCUCUCCAUCUCUCCUCCCUGAGCUCCCUGCCUCCUCUGGUCCUGGAUGCCUCCUCCAGCGAGAGCCUCCUGUCCGGCCUGCUGAGCUCCUCGUCCCCGGUGCUCUUCUCCUUCCCUCAGCAGUGCAGUGGGCUGCGUGGCCACCGAGUGGCGCUCUCCCUGCAGCGCCCCCUGCUGUCUCAGCUGAGGGAGCAGCUGGAUGACGCCCUGCUGCGCUUCCAGAGCGAGAAGGUGGAAAAGGGGGUGAUGGAGAGGCUGCAGACCCUCAGGACUCUCAGUGUGUUGCCAGCAGAAGAGGCGGCUCGACCAGAAGGUGCUGGGGAGGCCAGUGAGGAGCAGUACCGCGCCCUGCUGCUGCUCAAGACCCUGCAGACCGUGCUGGGUGUCAGAGAGGCCAACCGAGCACAGCGGCCAGCCCGUGCGGGAGACAAGAAUCUCGGCCAGAGCAACUCCUGUCGCCUGCACAGCCUCACUAUCAACCUGGAGGCCUUCUUCAUGGCGCCCCGAGAGGCCGUGAUCAACAAUUGCCAGGGGGAGUGUGGCUUCCCUCUGCCCAACGGCAACAACCAUGCCAUGCUGCUCAACAGGCUGGCACAGGGCGGGGACUGGGCCGGCCGCGCCCCCUGCUGCGUGCCCACGGAAUACGGCGUGCUGCCAGUCUAUGAGAUGGAUGGGGAUGGCACCAAGAUCUCCACCAAGACUAACAUAGUAGCGCUGGAAUGUGGCUGCCGCUGACACUUAUCACACUAACGCUGAUUUUAGGCAGGGCAAUCCACAGCACUUACCAUUAGGCUACAAAGAUGCCCUACACGUCUUGACACAUGCAGUUGGUUAACCCACCUUUAUCUCCACGUAGAUGAGCUCACUAGUGAAAUCACCUCUGUUGAGAACAAAGGCAGCAGAGAGGAAUACUGGUGGGGCUUAAACUAUCUCAAUCUAGCUUGUCCACCUCUGCACAGCAGUAAACAAAUACUUUGUACAGGCUUGCAUGGUUAUACUACUCAUUGACUCCAUGAGUACAGUACUGAACUGCUAUGUAUACACAUCAACUGUAUUUAUUUCCUUUUCGCUCACUUCUAUACAUAACUGCCAUUUAAUCAACAUGCAUAGAGCUUCAUAUAUGGGAAUGUAUGAUGUACUGUAUGUAUGCAGGAUGUUGUUGUUUUUUUAUUAAAAGGUAAUUAUCUAAAACUGACUGGUGUUUUUUUGAUAAUAAUAAAAAAACGGUAACACUUUCUAUGAAGCCCAUAUCUAUAGCGCAUUAUAAGCGCAUUUAUAACAAAUUGUAAUGCGCAUUAUAGUUACUUACAACGUAUUAU